CGGCGGGCGGCAAAGAGAGGGGGGAGACAGUCCAGGUCGACUGCUCACGGGUGUCGCAGCAGAGCGCAGAGUAGUUGUCGCAUGCGCAAGCCAGUUGUGAUGGCAGCAGAGUAGGCUUCCAGCUGUCUUCGUCGUUGUAGUGCGUGGAAUGCGAUCAAAUCCUGGACCAAGAGUCGUCGCUGCCGUCCUCACACCAUGUCACUCGACUCUUGAGACUUGGCACGCUUCACUCCGGGUGGCACGGUCCAGGUCGAAGUCUGGCAGCCUCACCUCGACAUCUCAAAUCACAACCAACUUCAAUGGUGAAAAGGCACAAUUGGAUUCGGUAAUAAUUCUCCUCUUGUUGAGAGAACGCUCCGAUGAUGUGAUCACACAGGCAGCUCAAACUAUAGAUAAUUUAUGUAUGCUUUCUCCAUCAUUACACACUAUGUGCAGAUCAUCCAUGCUCAACUACCGGAGCCACUUCCUUCAGAUAAGAUCCGCCGCAGAUGGGUCAAGCCCCCUGUUCCUGAUCAACCCCAGUCUUGCAUUCGACAGGGCUGAGUCCCAAGAGAUAUCACCUCCCGUCAAAGCUUUUCCGGUCCUGAUGAUCUUCGUAUACAGAGCAAGCGACAACCGGCCGGGUAGCUGGACUCUUCAGACUGUGCCUUCCACCGGCCCACAUCGCCAGACCUUUGAGAGCACCUCGAACUUGAAGUCCUUGGCGAACCAUAGUUUGGCGCAAAGCGAACAGACGCCUCACCGUCGACGUGCAGGUGCAGCCACUGAAUAGAAGCCAGCCAUCGGUGAUGUGGAAGCCAAAAAUAUGUGCAGCAAACAAAUUCAGAAAGAAAUGUGGUGAUACAGAUGCGAGAAGAGAAAACAAGAUGAUCGUCAACGUUUUGUCAGUUCCGUCGUAGAAAGGCUCGAAUGCCAGGGCAAUUUUCUUCUUCCAACUGUCAGGAACCGAAAAGUGAAGCAAGGGAAGCAGAUCCAAACAUACAUCCCAGAGCUCCAUAGCUAUGCAGCAGGGGGAAACAGAGCGAGACGCCGAAGCAAAAAGCAAACAAUACACAACCCAACGCUCAAGCAUGAAUAAACACAUAACGAGAGCAAGUUCUUUCCCAGAAAGCAAAGAUGAAGAAGAGGUGUGUAAAAAGAAGUGUGUGCAGAAACAAGAAAACGCCUUCGUGAUCAAAUGUCAGUCAUUUCUCCAUGAUAGCGCCCCCCUCCCUGUCCGU